UCCCUGGACGGCGGGGCUGUGGCCGAGCGCGGAGGGGCCCCCGGAGCCGAAGCAUGGCCGGGACGGGGCGGCUGCUGCUGCUGGUGCUGGCGGUGCUGCUGGUGGGCGCCGGCGCCGUCGGGGGGUCCCUGCUGCCGCGCGCGCAGCUGCUGCCCUUCGGGGCGCCCAGCGGGGACCAAGCGCUGCCCGACGGCGACGACGAGAGCUCGGAGGCGCUCAGCCUGGCCGGCCCGCUGCCCUUCUACGAGACCCGCUUCAGCCAGCUCUACGUAAAGUCGGGACCUCAAUGGGAAUCAUUUCCUACUCCCAGGACUUCCCUCAGGGGAGACCCAAUGCACGCGGGACUACUUCAUUUCCCUACAACUAUUCUUCUGCCAUCAGCCUCCUUCCUGGCAGACAUUGACACCAGCUUUGGGAGGGGCAAAAUCUACUACCGCCAAGACGAGUCCCAGGAGGUGCUGGAGCAGGCCAGGCAAACUAAGCCAAUCCUCGGCUGGAGCUUCCGAGUGCCUAUGGGAUUCCCUCUCUUGCAAAUGACUCAUGCACAUACCACCGGGGUAGGGGAAAGCUUCAAAUUUUCCACUGUCCUAGAAAGGAACCUCUUGCAGAAACUUGUAGAGUGGGGUUGGGGAAAAGGAGCAGAGGAUCAUGGGAGCAGCUUUGCAUCGGGGCUGGCCUGCGAUUAUUUUAGCCCCCUCCGCCAGGAAAACUGGGACUCGGAUGCCUUCCCGUUCACUGGGAAGAAACAUGAGAGAUCUAGAAUGAAUGUUUUGCUUGCACGAGUGCCCAUCAAGUUGCAGCUGAGCAUGCCAGCUCUAAGCGAGGGGCUUUCAGGGCAGCCCCCUUUUUUGCUUUUUCAGCGCAACACCUUUCAGGCGGUCCUAGCCUACACAGACUCAGAUGCCUACGCCGUCUUCCUUUACCCUGAAGACGGCAUCCAGUUCUUCGGGACCAGGCCGAAAGAAUCGUACAACGUCAAUCUCGAACUCCCGGCCCGAGUGGGCUUCAGCAGAGGGGAUUUCCAAAGACGGGAAGGCCCCUACUACAGUGCAACUAGCAGCGAGCAAUCUGUCAAGAGCCUCUACCAGACGAGCAACUCGGGAAUCCCCGGAGUCUGGGUCUUCCACAUUGGCCGCACCUCCCAACUGACGAAUGUGAUUCCAGCCUCAGUGGGCCAGAGACCGUCGACCUUUGAAGGGCGUUUAUUGAGACCCUCCGAGAGCAGCGUCGCCAACCAAAACGUCCUGGAGGCGGAAUAUCCCCCCGCAAACCUCGAUUACGCAGAGUCCUUCUACAACGGGAACGAAGAUGACUUUGAGUACUUGCCCAUCCAGCCCACCGAAGCUGGCCUGAACGCAGACCUGGCGAAUCAGCUUCAAUCUCGACUUCCACCAACUUCGACAUCAAUGGCAGCCCAAGCAUUCCGGGGCCAGGCUAGAUUCGGAACUGGAUUCCUUGUUGCUGGACCUGCUCCCCACCCGCCCGCCUCUGUUCCUGAAGUGGAUUCUGUUCUGUUGGACCCAGAACUGCCAUCUUUAGCAUCUUCUGCAUCAGAAGGAAUCUUGUCUUUGCCGACAGUGUACGAGAGUCCAAUUGAGGCUGUGACGGCCGUUCUGUUGUUCGAUCCCGACCGGCAGGAUUCGCCAGCCCAGCCGGAAGAAGAAGGUGGCAUCUCACUGGAAAGGGAAACCCUUCCUGUCUACCCAGACGGCGAGGUUGUCCACGAAAGCUUCCCGGACAAUGCCCCUCCUUUUAACCACAGGAGACGGGUCGUCGGUGUGGAUGAAGACACCAGCUUUAACCCCGACGUGUUCACUUAUAGUGCCGCCAACGUGGAAAGCUGUGAGCGUCACCACGGCCAGUGUUCCCAGCAUGCCUUCUGCACAGACUAUAGCACUGGAUUCUGCUGUCAUUGUCAGGCCAAGUUCUAUGGGAACGGCAGGCACUGCUUACCUGAAGGUGCCUCCCACCGUCUCAACGGCAAAGUGAGCGGGAAUCUCCUGGUGGGGCAAACUCCCGUCCGGUUCAGUGACGUUGACCUGCACGCCUACAUUGUGGGCAACGACGGCCGGGCCUACACCGCCAUCAGCCACAUUCCUCAGCCGGCUGCCCGGGCCCUGAUCCCCCUGGCACCUAUCGGGGGCCUCUUUGGCUGGCUGUUUGCUCUGGAGAAACCUGGGUAUGAAAACGGCUUCAGUAUCACUGGUGCUCAGUUCACACACAAUUUUGAAGCCACUUUCUAUCCGGGGGAGGAAAAGGUUUUCGUCCAGCAAACGGCUGAAGGGGUGGAUGCGGAAAACUACCUCAGCAUAAAGAUGGACAUUCAAGGACAGUUGCCUUCCGUUCCCGAGGAUUCCACCGUUCACAUCACACCUUACAAGGAAAUCUACCACUACUCAGAUUCAGCUGUGACAUCCACGUCCUUCCGGCAGUACUCCCUCACUUCCGCGAGCCUCAACCAAACUCUUUCCUACCGGCUGCUUCAGAAUAUAACGUACUGGGCUUGUCCGCACGUCCGCCACCACCGGAUGGUCCCCGCCGCUCAGCAGCUGAUGGUGGACCGGAUCUUUGCUUUGUAUAACGAGGAGGAAAGGGUUCUGCGUUAUGCAAUCACCAACCAAAUCGGAUCCCCGUCUCAAGAUACUUCUGGCCCAACCUUGGUGAAUCCAUGCUAUGACGGCACACACUCUUGCGACACGACGGCACGCUGCCAAGCGGGACCCAGUCUGGAUUAUACCUGCGAGUGCACAACCGGUUAUUAUGGAGACGGCAAGGAAUGCACAGACAUCAACGAGUGUGCUGAAGGCAUCAGCAGGUGUAGCCGAGAGUCGGUGUGCGUGAAUACCGCGGGCAGCUACCGGUGCGAAUGCCCCAGCGGAUUCCAGCUUGCGGCCGACCGAGUCAGUUGCCUAGCCACAGUGCCGCCAUCCAAUCCUUGCGCCGAAGGCACCCACUCUUGCGCCUCCGCGGAUCGGGCGCGUUGCGUGUAUCACGGGGACCGCGCCUUCAGCUGCGAGUGCCUCGAGGGGUACGCCGGCAACGGACGCAGCUGCACAGAUGUGGAUGAAUGUGCGGAAGGGAGGUGUCACCCAGCUGCCGAGUGUUCGAAUUCUCCCGGCUCUUUCUCCUGCCGCUGCCGGGCUGGAUACGAAGGGGACGGGUUCCAGUGCUCGCCAGUGACCGUGCAACGAAUGACCCGCUGUGAGCAUGAGCGACUCUAUUCGACCCAGCGUGGCUCCCCUCAUCCCGGGGGCCCCCACGUUCCGCAGUGUGAUGAUCGGGGGAACUACAGGCCACUACAGUGCCACAGUAGCACCGGGGAGUGUUGGUGUGUCGACGGAGAUGGCCGGGAAAUCACUGGGAGCAGGACGCCCCCGGGUUCCUCUCCGCCACCUUGCGGGGCUCCAGAGCCGACACAGAGGCCGCAGACGAUGUGCGAACGCUGGCGAUUGAGCCUUCUGGAGCAUUAUGGCGGCAGCCCCCGUGACGACCAGUACGUGCCCCAGUGUGACGCUCUGGGCCAGUUCAGCCCACUCCAGUGCCACGGGAACAGCGGGUACUGCUGGUGUGUGGACGAGAAAGGCCAUGAGGUUCAAGGGACGAGAUCGGAACCCGGCGUCCCUCCUCCAUGCUUGCCAGGCGUGGCCCCUCCAACUGCCCGGCCGUCUCCCCGACCGGACGUUGUUCCUCCCUCCGCCGGGACGUUCCUGUUGUACGCACAGGGCCAGCAAAUUGGCUAUUUGCCCCUGAAUGGCACCAGCCUUAACAAGCAAGACGCGAAGACCCUUCUGUCUCUACAUGGUUCGAUUGUGGUGGGGAUUGACUUUGACUGCAGGGAGAAAACGCUGUACUGGACGGACGUCGCAGGGCGAACCAUCAACCGGGCCAGCCUGGAGCAGGGGGCGGAGCCAGAAACCGUGAUCAGCACAGGGCUACUCAGUCCAGAAGGCCUGACCGUCGAUCACCUCCGAAGAACCAUGUUUUGGACUGACAGCGGCCUGGACAAGAUAGAGAGCGCCCGACUGGACGGCUCAGAGCGCCGGGUCCUCUUUGCCACCGACCUUGUCAACCCCCGUGCUAUCGCGGUGGACCCCAUCCGUGGCAAUCUUUACUGGACGGACUGGAAUCGCGAAGCCCCCAAGAUCGAGACGUCCACGGUCACCGGAGAACACAGGCGAAUUCUGGUCAACAAAGACAUUGGGCUGCCCAAUGGAUUAACCUUUGACCCCUUUUCCAAAUUAAUUUGUUGGGCGGAUGCAGGGACGAAGAAACUGGAGUGUGCCCAACCCGACGGAGCAGGAAGGCACACCAUUCAGACUAACCUCAACUACCCCUUCAGCCUCGUGGGCUACGCUGAUCACUUCUACCACACGGACUGGAGAAGGGAUGGCGUCAUAGCUGUGAACAAAGACAACGGUGCUUUUACAGGCGAAUAUCUACCUGAACAGCGGACGCACCUCUACGGGAUAACGGCAGUCCACCCGUACUGCCCAGGAGGAAGGAAAUAAGCUACUUGGGUUCAGAGGGAAGACGUCCUCCUCACGGCCGGCAGAAAGAGAGUUGCGCAUCCUGCUAACUUUGUACAUAGUCUAAAAGAGCCCGUCCUUCCACAGCAGGGCAGCCAGCCCCACGUACGGAAGGGAGUUAAGCGGUUUUACUUAGAGCAAAAUUAUCCCAUUAUUUUUUAAGUUAUACCUCAGAUCUUUACUACUGUAUUUUUUUUUACCCCAAAAAUUUUUUUUAAUGCAUUGCAGAGAAGAAAUGGUGCUAGGGACGACGGAGCUGAUUAAUUCUCUUUUGCCGAUGUGAGCUACAAAGAGAGACCAUGUAAACAUAUCCGUACAUUGUUUAUUUUAGUGGAAAAAGCAAGAGACACUUAUUUUAAAGUUUGUGGGGGGGGAGAAAAGAAGCUUUUAGCUCCACCUGGAAACUUCCGGCAGAGGGGGCGUCGUGACAAAACUUCGCAUGGAUAAAUUGGGCAUAGCUAUUGGGUGUCAAUCGGAAAAUUCAGUUUGGUGCUUCCGCCCCGGGUCUGUUUUCUUAGUAUUUAUAUGCUAGAACCGCAGGGGCUCGUGUUUCUUGCCUGUAAACGUCUGAAUGUAUGUGUGCAAAAACCCGAGUGUAACGGGCUCAUGUUUUCUAGGAUACUCCAAAAAUUAAACUGUUUUUAAUUCUUUUAA